UCUCUUCUGCAAGGAGUUGCUGGAGCAGUGCGGUCGGACACAAGUUUGCGUGGGAGUGUUUUUCUUUUGUCAAUAAUUAAUCACCGGAAUCAGUGUGGUAGAAUUGGAGUUUUAGCAAUAGUGCAGAGGGCGGGGCCGAGCACCUAACUCUCUGAGGCUCUAGCUGCCCAGCGCAGAAGGAAGCUCCAGCAGUUGGGGAGGAGCCAAAGCCACCGUGCUCCCCUAAGCCGCGGCGACAUACACCCAAGGGGAAGAUGAAGUAAAAGCAACCUGGAGAGGACAAGUAGCCCACACAGGAACAGAGACAAGAACCCAGGACAAACUCUUGGCAGCUUGAAAGAGCCAACCAUGGAUUUCAGGCGUGUGAAGGACUAUUUCUCCUGGCUCUACUAUCAAUACCAAAUCAUUAGCUGCUGUGCUGUCUUGGAGCCCUGGGAGAGAUCCAUGUUCAAUACCAUUUUACUAACCGUUUUUGCUAUGGUGGUGUACACUGCCUAUGUCUUUAUCCCAAUCCACAUUCGCCUGGCUUGGGAAUUUUUCUCCAAAAUAUGUGGCUACCAUAGUACAAUAUCUAAUUGAUCUUGUUCGCAUUCUGUGAAUUGGCAUUGCAUAUGUAUAUGUUGUUUGCAACUUACUGAUUUAGGUAAAUACUGUAUCUUUUUUCACUAUCUGACCUGAAAAAUUCUCUCUUCUCUAUGCACUAUUAUAUCCUCCCUGAAACUUGAGGUGUCUCUUUAGGUUCUUUUGUACAUGCUGCAUUGUACAUCAGACCAUGGGAUAUAUAGUGUCAUUACCUCGCUACAAUAUGCUCCUAAAUUAAGCAUACAGCUUUAGAUUUUUUAA